AUGUUGAGGAGGAAACCAAUGCGCUUGGAGCUGAAGAUCAAUGACAUAGAGGAGUUUAAGAGUAUGAAGAAGGAGCUGGAGGCCAGGAAGCGCCAGCGAGAGGAGUGUGAGUGUGGAGCGGGCAGCAGCUCCAUCCUCAGCCCUGGAGAAUCAGUGCAGCCCUCCACCCCGCUGACCAGGGCAGGGAUCAUCAAUGAGUGUGUUGGGUACAAGCCCCACCCCGCACUGCCAACCCUAUUUGGAAAUUAG